AUGGAAAUUAUUUCAUCAAAACGAUUCAUUUUAUUGACUUUAGCCAUUUCAAGGUUAACAUCAAACAUCUUCUGUACAGAUGAAUCAAUCAUGCCGAAUCUGCACAGCAAAAAGAAUUAUGACAAACAUUCUAAGCCUAGAGGAGAUCUAGGCUGGGAAAAAGAAAGAAGUCUCAAUUUUGAAGAAUUAAAAGGUUGGGGUCCCAAAAACGUCAUUAAGAUGAGUACACCUGCAGUCAACAAAAUGCCACCCCCAGCAGCCAACCUGCCACUGCGAUUUGGGAGGACCAUGGCAGAAGAAAGAAGCACUGGGGCAAUGCCCAAGCCGCCUCUGAGAUUUGGAAGAAACAGAGAAGACAACAUCUCGAGACGUGUUCCUAAUCUGCCUCAAAGGUUUGGGAGAACAACAGUAGCCAAAAGUGUCACCAAGACGCUGAGUGAUUUGCUCCAGUCACCAUCUGCCAAUGGGUUACUUUACGCUCUGACCUGCCAGCCCCAAGAAAUCCAGAAUCCUGACCAAAAGAACCAAAGGAGGCUGGGAUUCAAGAACAUAAAUGAUGCAGAAUUGAAACAAGAAAAAUAA